AUGGCCACGACGUCGUCGCCGAUGCUCCAGGUCACGGCCGUCGCCGCAGCCUCGAUGGCUGUCGUGGCCUGCAGCAUGCUUCUGCGCCGCCUCAGCUUCCGCGAGACGAGCCCGCGCCCGAUGCGCCUCACGGCCACCAAUGCGCCGGCGGCCAUGACCCGCCCGGCGUACAAGCGCCCGCUCCGCAACAAGCCACUGCCGCUGCCCGCCGUGCGCGAAGACGCGGAAGAGACGUGCGAGACGCUCAGCGACAGCAAUAGUAGCAACGCCAGCCCUCGUACCGCGCGCCGCCGACCGCGCAUCCAAACCGUCAAGCACGCGUGGCGCGCGAUCCAGUCGGUGGGCGAGGCGUACCUCUAUACAGGCCGCGGGCGACGGGAGCUCGAGGCCGCGAUGAACUUUGUUGUGACCGGGGCGACGCAGCAACUCGGCCUCGACUCGCUCUCGCAGCUCUUCACCAAGCACCCGACGGCCGCCGCGCUCUUGUACGACCAUGUGGAUGUGAUCCAAAGUACAGCGCAUGCACGUGGCGACGUGGUCCUGAGUCGACUCGCGGGCGGCCUUAUCGGCGUCUUGCAGCAACUGGACGCUGCGGUCGACGCGCCGUCCACGUACACGCUGCUCUAA